GGACUACAUCUCCCAGAAUCCGCCGCGCAGCGCAUGUGCGGAGUGUCUCCGGGAGGAAGAUGGCGGCGGCGGUGGAAAGCGAGGCCGAAAGCAGUUUCCGAGACCUGGGAGUCACAGAGGUUCUCUGUGAGGCCUGUGAGCAGCUGGGCUGGAAAUGCCCCACCAAAAUCCAGAAGGAAGCUCUGCCAGUCGCUCUGCAAGGACGGGACAUUAUUGGACUGGCUGAGACGGGCUCUGGGAAGACAGGAGCUUUUGCUCUCCCAAUCCUGCAGGCCCUCUUGGAGAAGCCCCAGCGACUGUUUGCCCUCGUCCUGACACCAACUCGGGAGCUUGCCUUUCAGAUCUCGGAGCAAUUUGAAGCUCUAGGCUCUUCCAUUGGAGUGAAAUCCGCGGUGAUAGUGGGUGGAAUCGAUAUGAUGUCACAAAGUCUCGCUCUGGCAAAGAAGCCUCAUGUUAUUAUCGCUACCCCAGGCCGCCUGAUUGAUCACCUUCAGAACACCAAGGGCUUCAAUCUGCGAGCGCUCAAAUACCUGGUGAUGGAUGAGGCAGACAGGAUUCUCAACAUGGAUUUUGAAACUGAGGUUGACAAAAUUCUCAAAGUGAUUCCAAGGGAGCGGAAGACCUAUCUGUUCUCUGCAACAAUGACUAAGAAGGUACAAAAGCUCCAGCGAGCAGCACUGAAAGAUCCCGUGAAGUGUGCUGUUUCGACCAAGUAUCAGACUGUGGAGAAACUGCAGCAGUAUUAUGUGUUUAUUCCCGCAAAGUUCAAGGAUUGUUACUUGGUUUCCAUUCUCAAUGAGCUGGCUGGAAAUUCCUUCAUCAUCUUCUGCAGCACAUGUAACAACACACAGCGGACAGCGCUGCUGCUACGCAAUCUCGGCUUUACUGCUAUUCCCUUACAUGGCCAAAUGAAUCAGAACAAACGAUUGGGAGCUUUGAAUAAAUUCAAAGCGAAGUCUCGGUCGAUCUUACUGGCCACGGACGUAGCGAGUCGCGGCCUUGAUAUUCCACAUGUGGAUGUAGUCAUCAACUUCGAUAUUCCUACCCAUUCCAAGGAUUACAUUCAUCGCGUGGGGCGGACGGCCAGAGCAGGACGGGCAGGCAAGUCCAUCACUUUCGUUACCCAGUAUGACGUGGAACUGUUCCAGAGGAUUGAGCACCUGAUCGGGAAGAAGCUUCCAGCCUUCCCCACGCAGGAAGAGGAAGUGAUGCUGCUGGUGGAGCGAGUGUCAGAAGCACAGCGAUUCGCUCGCAUGGAACUGCGAGAGCAGGGAGACAAGAGGAAGCGCUCACGUGAAAAUGCCGAUGAUGACACAGAAGAAUCUUUGGGUAUCAGACAAAAAGUACCAGGAGGUAAAGCAAGGAAAAGGCCACGUUAAAGAGCACAAUGUGCUAAAAUUCCUUUCAAAUUGGAUGUGACAUUUAUAUAUUAUAAACUGGACUACAACUGAAUUCUAUCAGUUUGAUGCAUCUGUUUAGAUAUCUGUUGUGAAGACUAUAACUGACGGACUAAACUGAUGAGGAUGUGUCCUUUAUGAUGACAUGCUCCCAUUUAUCCAGCAACUCAAUGUUCUCUUUAUCCGAUUCCAUUUCCUUCAGUAAAUAGCAGCAGAUUCUGUUACUAUUUAAAACAAAUGCUCCACCUGCAAAGUGUCAUUUGAGAAAUGUUCAAAACUGUACAAGUUUUAAAAAAUUUCUUAAAUAAAUGCUGCAAAUUCUAUCUUGUUGCCA